AUGUGCACCAAAAGCGAUGCACACACCAGUAGUUGCAUCAUUAAUUGGUUUCUUUUAUUAUAUGCUAUUGUCCAGCAGGUUAAUUUCCUGGGUGAAAUUCAUUCUUUUCAUUCAAUAAUCAUAUACCCAGUUGUUCAGGUUAUCAAAAUUUUGGUUAUAGGAAUAUCUUUUGUUACUUCGUUAUUUUCUUCCUUUCUUUUUUCUUUUCUGUAUGUUUUUUGGUUAAAUGUUUCUAUCACCAGUUGUCUAAUGAUAGACGGAUGGCCAUUGUCAGUGAUGUUAGCUUUCCUAGUUUUGGGUCAUCAAUUGGUGGUGUCAUGUGCCAUCUUGGCAAUUGAUGGCUGA